CAGAACUUGAUCAUAAGAGGACACCAUUGCGCACGUGGAAGAGCGCGUAUAACCUAUAAAGUGAAUGUAUUUAUAAGUAAAUAAAUAUAUUUCUAUUUAAACUGAAGUUAAACCUGAAAAAUGAAUUACAAACUUCUAGUUAAUUCUAAAAAUCCAUCGACAGAAGCCUUGAUAGUAGCAGAAAUAAUUAACUCUCAAAAGAAGGACAAAAUUGAGGUAAUUUGGUGUGAUGAUUGGAAAGGUGAUGGAGAUGUACAAUUAGUAAACAAUGAAAAUAAAGUAUUGGGAGAAAGGAGUAAUGAUGUUGGUCGUUACUUUGCUAGAACUUCAUAUUUAGAACUUUAUGGUGGUAAUGGUCCUUGUGAAAAAACUGAAGUUGACCAUUGGCUCUCUUUUGCAAUUGGACCUUUGGGAUCUGUUCCAUUAAAAGAAAGUGCAUUGCAAUAUUUGGAUGAUGUAUUGAUGACUGCCACUUGGUUGGUCUCUAAAAAGUUAACAUUAGCGGAUAUCCAUGUAUUUUGUGUUCUUCUGAAUAAGGAAUUUUUGCCAACAUUUGAGAAAAAGUUUGUUAAUAUAAAUAGAUGGUAUAAACAAAUGCUUUCAUUGCCUACUGUUACAGAGACAUUAUCAUCAAUUAAAAAAAAUGCUAAAUUACCUACUUGCAAUUCUGUGAAAUCUGAAAAAGUUGUCAAACAAACAGGACAAAGAAAGCAAGAAGGUAAAUAUGUUGACUUGCCAGGAGCAGAGAUGGGUAAAGUUGUGGUGCGUUUUCCACCAGAGGCAAGUGGAUAUUUACAUAUUGGUCAUGCUAAGGCAGCCUUGUUAAAUCAGUAUUAUGCAGAAGCAUUUCAAGGUCAACUUAUUAUGAGAUUUGAUGAUACAAAUCCUGCAAAAGAAAAUGUAGAAUUUGAGAAAGCUAUUCUAGAAGAUUUGGAGUUACUGCAAAUUAAACCAGACAGAUUUACACAUUCUUCAGAUUACUUUGAUUUAAUGCUAGAAUAUUGUACUAAAUUGAUAAAAGAAAAUAAUGCAUACGUAGAUGAUACUCCUGCUCAUGUUAUGAAAGAACAACGUGAUCAAAAAUUAAUGUCAGCAAACAGAAACAAUUCUGUUGAAAAAAAUCUGCAACUAUGGAAUGAAAUGCAGCAAGGUACUCCCAAAGGUCAAGAAUGUUGUGUUAGAGCAAAAAUUGAUUAUCAGUCAGCAAAUGGUUGUAUGAGAGAUCCAACAAUUUAUAGAUGCAAACCAGAACCUCAUCCUCGAACUGGAACAAAAUACAAGGUUUACCCGACGUACGAUUUUGCCUGUCCCAUUGUUGAUGCAAUUGAAAAUGUUACUCAUACAUUACGUACAACAGAAUACCAUGACAGAGAUGCUCAAUUUUAUUGGAUAAUCGAAGCUUUAGGAUUGAGGCGUCCACAUAUAUGGGCAUACUCUCGUUUGAAUAUGACUAAUACGGUUUUAUCUAAAAGAAAAUUAACCUGGUUCGUUAGUGAAGGUUUGGUUGACGGAUGGGACGAUCCACGUUUCCCUACAGUAAGAGGUAUUUUGAGGAGGGGAAUGACCGUUGAAGGAUUAAAACAAUUUAUCAUUGCUCAAGGUAGUUCAAAAGCUGUCGUUUUUAUGGAAUGGGAUAAAAUAUGGUCAUUUAACAAAAAGGUUAUUGACCCAGUUGCCACUAGGUAUACUGCUUUGGAUUCUGAUAAACUUGUAACUGUACACAUAAAAGAUGCGAAGGAAGAAUGGUUGACUGUUCAAAAUCAUCCAAAAGACUUAUCAAAGGGCACUAAACAAGUAUUAAUAAGUUCAUAUGUAUACAUAGAGAGAGAUGAUGCAGACAUGUUGGUCGAAGGCCAAAAUACUACUUUUAUUAAUUGGGGCAAUAUAAUGAUAGAAAAAAUUGAAAAAGAGAAUGGCGUUAUUAAGCAAAUAACAGCACAUUUAAAUUUAGAAAACAAGGAUUAUAAAAAUACAUUGAAAAUUACAUGGUUAGCAGUACCUGAUAACAAAAAUGAUAAUGAAAACAAGACCAGUCUAAUCCCAUGUUAUGCCGUUUACUUUGACCAUAUAAUAACUAAGCCAGUGUUAGGAAAAGAUGACGACUUCAAAGAUUUCAUUGCAAAAGACACAAGAAGAGAGGUACAAAUGAUUGGAGAGAUUGAAUUAACGCGAGUGAAAAAAGGAGAAAUAAUUCAGUUGCAAAGAAAAGGCUUUUUCCGUUGUGACGUGCCAUAUGCUCCGGCAAGUCCAUUUUCUUCCAGGGAGCAGCCCUUAAUUUUAUUCCACAUACCCGAUGGACAUUCUACAAGUACAGCAAAACCUGUUGUUAAAGAAACUUCUCAAAAAAAUAAUAAAGUGCAGGAUGCAAAUGUAAUCAAUGAAAAAAUUAUAGCUCAAGGUGAUAAAGUACGUUCUUUAAAAUCUCAAAAAGCAGACAAAGCAACAAUAGAUGCAGAAGUAAAAAUGCUUCUGAGUUUGAAAGCUGAAUAUAAACAGAGUACUGGCGUAGAAUGGAAACCAGGAAUGGUUUCAAAUAAAUCAUCAGAAACGACACCUUCUGAUAAUAAUAAAUUAUUCAAGGAUAUUGUAGAUCAAGAAAAUAAAAUUAAAGAAUUGCAAUCAAAGAUAAACGAGGAAAUGCUACGUCUUUCAAAUUUAAAAACAAAUUAUAAAAAUAAAACAGGUAACGAUUGGUCGAAAUCAAGUGACCAAAAUGUAAUACAAGUUACAAAGACGUCAGCAGAAUCAGAUAUUGAAAAAUUAUCUAAUGAAAUUCAAAAACAAGGCGAUAAGAUAAGGCAAUUAAAAAGUUCUAAAGCGGACAAAAGUACUAUUGAUGCAGAAGUAAAAGAGCUUUUAACUUUAAAAUCGAAUUAUAAAUCUGUAACUGGUCAGGAUUGGAAACCAUCUGUUGCACCAACAGGACCCAAUAAAACGCCUGAACAUGCAACGAAUACAACUAGUCAUGAGAAAUUAUCUGAAGAUAUACAGAAACAAGGGGAUAAAGUAAGGCAAUUAAAAGCUGCAAAAGCAGAAAAAGGUAUUAUUGAUCAAGAAGUAAAAUUACUUCUAACGUUAAAGGCUGAUUACAAAACAGCAACAGGAAAAGAUUGGAAACCGUCUGUUGCACCAACAGGACUCAAAAAAACACCUGAACAUGCAACAAAUACAACGACUAGUCAUGAGAAACUAUCUGAAGAUAUACAGAAACAAGGGGAUAAAGUAAGGCAAUUAAAAGCUGCAAAAGCAGAAAAAGGUAUUAUUGAUCAAGAAGUAAAAUUACUUCUAACGUUAAAGGCUGAUUACAAAACAGCAACUGGGAAAGAUUGGAAACCACCUACUACAGCAGAAGCUAAGGUAUCGAACAAAGAAGAAACUCGUACUAAUCAACUUUUGGAAAGCAUACAAAAGCAAGGGGAUAAAGUAAGACAGUUAAAAUCAUCUAAAGCAGAGAAAAGCAUUAUUGAUCAAGAAGUAAAAGUACUUUUAGAUUUAAAAAAUGAUUAUAAAGUAUUAACUGGUGAGGAAUGGAAACCAGCAAAAGUUGAUACAUCAAGUAAAAAGAAGAAACCGGAAAAUACUUCUAAAGUUGAAAAACAGAAAACAGUUCCUAGUAAGGAAGUGAAUAAAAGUGAAAGUACAAAAGAUGCAGAUACACUUAAAACUGGAACCAGAUUAGGCCUAGAAGUAAAGAAAGAGGAAAAUUUCUUUGAAUGGUAUUCUCAAAUUAUUACAAAGAGUGGUAUGAUAGAAUAUUAUGAUGUAUCAGGUUGUUACGUUUUUCGUCCGUGGAGCUUUGCCGUUUGGAAAAUAAUAAAAGAAUAUAUCGACACAGAAAUAACAAAAUUAGGUGUUCAAGAAUGUUACUUUCCUAUGUUUGUUACACGAACAGUGUUAGAGAAAGAGAAAGAACAUAUAGCUGAUUUUGCACCGGAAGUUGCAUGGGUUACGAAAUGUGGAGAUUCAGAUUUAGCGGAACCAAUUGCUAUAAGGCCAACAUCAGAAACUGUCAUGUAUCCCGCUUAUGCCAAAUGGUUAAAAUCUGAUACUGAACUUCCUCUAAAACUUAAUCAGUGGAACAAUGUAGUGAGAUGGGAGUUUAAAGAUCCAAAACCUUUCUUACGUACAAGAGAGUUUUUAUGGCAAGAAGGACACAGUGCUUUUGCUACUAAAGCUGAAGCUGAUGAAGAAGUUUUGCAAAUUUUGGAUAUCUAUGCUAGCGUGUAUGAAGACUUAUUAGCAGUUCCUGUUGUAAAAGGUCGUAAAACCGAAAAAGAGAAGUUCGCUGGUGGUGAUUAUACGACUACAGUUGAAGCGUUUAUUGCAAUGAGUGGUCGUGGGAUACAAGGAGCAACGAGUCAUCAUCUUGGACAAAACUUUUCUAAAAUGUUUAAUAUUCAAGUAGAAGGUGCUACCGAAAGUGACGAGAAAACAUUUGUUUAUCAGAACUCAUGGGGCUUAACGACACGAACAAUUGGAGUUAUGAUAAUGGUUCAUGGAGAUGACAAAGGUUUAGUACUGCCACCAAACGUAGCUUGUAUUCAAGCUAUUAUUGUACCCUGUGGUAUUACAGCAAACACAACAACUGAACAAAGAGAAUUGUUAUUUACUGAAUGUGACAAAUUAUUAGAUGAACUAUCAAAGGAUAAAAAACUUAGAGUCAAGGCUGAUUAUCGCAAUAAUCGAACCCCAGGUUGGAAAUUUAAUCAUUGGGAAUUAAAAGGUGUGCCUGUAAGGAUCGAAUUAGGUCCAAAAGAUUUAGAAAAGAAUCAGGUUACAUUUGUGCGCAGAGAUAAUUCUGAAAGAGUACUUGCAAACAGAUCAGAAGUACUUACUGCUUUGCGUACAUUAUUGGAUGAUAUACACUCGAAUUUGCUUAAUAAAGCAAGAAAAGAAUUAAAUGAACACAUCAAACGUGCAGAUACUUGGGACGAAUUUUGUUCUGAACUUAAUAAGAAAAAUCUGCUGUUAUCACCAUUCUGUGGAGAACCGUCUUGUGAAGAGAAAAUUAAAGCUAGUAGUGCACGAGACGAUACAGGAGAUGAACCCGGGGCAUUGGCCAUGGGUGCAAAAGGUCUUUGCAUACCAUUUGAACAACCAACCUCGUCAAUACCACUAGAAAAACAAAAAUGUAUUCAUCCUGAUUGUCAAAACAAACCGAAAUUUUAUACACUUUUUGGUCGUAGCUACUGAAAUUUUUUACAAUUAAAAUUGAAUCGCUUAAUGUAAUAAAGUUUAAUUUAAAAAUAUACUUUUAAUAGAUAAUUUAUAAUGUCAUAUCGUUUAUAAUAAUGAUAGGAAAUUACGCGCUCAACGAGGCUAUAAGAACAAACAAUUUUUUAACUUAACAUUGUAGAAAGAGGUCCUUUUAAUACAUUGAUUGAAAAUUUGAAUUUUUCUCUAUUCGAUAAAUGUGGUAUUUGGACAUUUUUCUAUUUAAAAAGUUUGAGAUAAUAAAAGGCAUGCUUUUACAUUUGUUACAAAAUACAAUUUAAAGGGUGAUUUUAUAUUAUUUGAAUAAAAUCGGAUGAAAAAGGUGCAAGUACAUUUACAU